AUGCAGUCGAUCGAACUGCUUCCUGAGAUAUGGAAAUGGCAGAAAACGGGAAGAAUAUACCUCGCUGGCGAAAUUGCACUUAUCGUUGGAUUAGUGAUUGGGAUCACAUCACUUCCACAAAUUAGAAGAAAAAGAUUUGAAAUAUUUUACUACACACAUCACUUGUACACCAUCUUCAUCAUAUUCUUCUUGUUUCACACGGGUGAUCGUCACUUCUACAUGGUGUUUCCUGCAAUUUUUCUUUUUGCCAUUGAAAGGUUGCUCCGAAUAAUACAAUCAAGGCCACAAACAUGCAUUCUUUCUGCACGAAUCUUCCCUUUCAAGGCCAUUGAAGUUAUACUUCCAAAAGAACCAAGCUUGAAGUACACCCCCACAAGCAUAAUCUUUAUAAAGGUUCCAAGAAUUUCGAAAUUUCAAUGGCAUUCGUUUAGUAUAGCUUCAAGCUCAAGCGUUGAUGAUGAUACGAUGUCGGUUAUCAUAAAAUGUGAUGGGUCGUGGACAAAUUCUCUUUAUGACAUGAUCCAAGGAAUGCCCGUUUCGGGUCCUAAUCAAAAAGUGGAAACAUGCAUUCCGGUUUCUGUUGAAGGACCAUAUGGACCCACAUCAACGGACUUCUUAAGUAAAUACGAUAGUUUGCUUUUGGUGGCCGGAGGAAUAGGGGUGACUCCAUUUUUGAGCAUAUUGCAAGAAAUUUCCUCGGCUCAAAAUCAUGGGAAAAAGAAUUACCCGACAAAUAUACAACUCGUGUACAUCACGAAGAAACGCAAUAGCAUCGGCAUGCUCAAUUCAAUUCUACCUCUUCUCUCAAACAAAAAUACCAAAGAAUUUCGUUUGAAAUUAAAAGUAUUUGUUACCCAAGAACCGAAAUCCAGCACAACACUUGGCGAAUUAAUAAACGAGUUUUCUCAAGUUGAAACAGUCGAUUUUGACAUCGGGCAUAUAAGUUAUUCCCCAAAUGGAUACGGGAGUUCACUCUUUAUGGCUACUAUUAUCGGAUUAUCAUCUAUUUUAUUUUUAGUUUUUUUAAUCAUUUUGAGCCAUGUUUUUUUGCCUCAACCUAAAAAACCUUCUUCCAAAGAGAAAACCCAAACCCCCUCAUCAUUUGUGGAUCUUGUUCUAACAGGCUCGUUUAUUCUAUCCAUCCUCAUUGUAACAACUAUCUCUUUAGUUUUGAAAUUGAAACAUCUAAAGAAACAACCUCCAUUGAUGGGGAUUAAGCAUGAAGGAAAAGAAAUGCAAGCAAGUUCCUUUCAAUCAAGAAAUCUUGAUGAUCAUGAACUACAUUUUGGAGCAAGACCCGGGUUCCAAGAAAUAUUUUCGAAAUUCCCAAAUGAAACGGGUGGGUCCCACGUAGGGGUGUUGGUAUGUGGACCGGAAGCAAUGAAGGAGUCAGUAGCUUCGUUUUGUCAAUUAAGUUCUCAAGGUUCAAUCGCUGGUGCUCUAAGAAAGAAGACAUAUUUCCAUUUUCACUCCCUCAACUUUAGUCUUUAGGAAGAAAGAAACCUAUUAAUAGCUGAAUAAUGUGUAUAUUUGAAGUUAUAUUUGCUUUAUGUUAUUGUUUUUGUCUUAAUUAACUUUAAGUAUAUUGAAAAGUUCUAAUUUGAUAAGUAUGAACACAAGACUAAAUUAAGU